CGACGCACACGGCAAUAAGGGUAGUUUCGUAAACACGUGUACACGACUACCACGGGUCUUUUUUUUCCAUUACAAAUCAUUCUUCUUUCACCGUUUGAUCACAGAAGCGACUUUAGAACAAAUUUUAAGAUUCCAGAUUUCCAUGUGAUGGAGGCAACGAUGGGGCAAAGUCAUGGCAGAGAAAGCAUCAUCUCCGGGCCGUCACCGUUCGAUUCAUUGCCGGUGGAUUGCAUCUCCAGCAUUAUCUCCUUCACGAGUCCACGAGACGCGUGCAACGCCGCUUCUGUUUCGAAAACGUUAGAAUCGGCGGCUAAAUCCGAUAGCCUAUGGGAGAAGUUUCUUCCAUCGGAAUAUACAUCUCUGGUUCCACAAUACUCGCGAGUUUUCUCGUCCAAGAAGGAGCUCUAUUUCGCUCUCUGCGAUGAGCCUCUUCUCAUCGAAGAUGGCAAAAAGAGCUUCUGGUUAGAGAAAGCGAGUGGGAAAAGAUGUAUUAUGAUAUCUCCAAAGGAAGUGUCAAUCACAUGGGGAAGUAGUCCCGAACAUUGGCAAUGGAUAUCAAUUCCUGAAUCUAGGUUUGAAAAAAUAGCUGAGCUAAUCGAUGUAUGUUGGUUUGAGAUUCGUGGAGGGAUGCACACUCGUUACCUAACUCCUGGAACUCGUUACUCGGUUUACAUCGUGUUCAAUACAAAGAACGGAUGUCCUGGAUUGGGAGAUUUGCCGGUAGAUGCUGGAGUUGGGUUAGUUGGACAAGAGUCUCCUCAAAAGUUGAUAUACUUUGUUGGGCCUCGUGGUCGUGAUCGAAGGAGAGAUGUAACGAGGCCAGAGGCGAGGGACGAUGGGUGGAUGGAAGCUGAACUUGGUCAGUUCUACAAUGAUUCUUGUUGUGAUGAUAUCUCGCUAAGUGUUGUUAAGACCAACACUCCUGAUUGGAAAAGUGGUUUGAUCAUUCAAGGAUUUGAAUUUCGCCCUGCGAAAACCCGGUAAAUUGUUAUAUCAUGUUUCUUGUGAUGGGUAACGGUUUCUAGUUCAACGAUUUUCCGUUGUAUUUCAUGUCUAACAAGUAAAAACCUUUGGUGUAUUGUAAAGUUUUUUGAAUCUUCAGUUUUUUGAAUCUUCAGCUUUUUGGAUUGUAAUGUUUGAAUGGUUUGAUCUUACCAUUCUCACAUGAACAAACUUCAAUAAAGAAAUCGUGUUUUCUUCUAAUCAUCUAAAUGUUUUUGUAUAGCAGCUUAAUGGUUGUUUCAUGUUUUAGUAAAAUCUUCUCUAAAAGUACUUUUAAAUUUAUGUAUCUCUAUGAUAUUGCCAAUUUUUUACGUGUUUCACUCAUGUUACUUCUCACGAUGGUCAAUUAUGUUGAAAUCCUUAAUAAUUUAAAAUUAUUAAAUCAUUACCAUUAUAAAUAUUUUUAGGGCAAUUCUCUCAAAUAAUAUUUUUUAAGUUUUUGUCACAAAAAUAUCUCUUAAAAAAAGAAAAUGACCUAAAUAGCCUCUCUUUUUUUGAAAUUUUUAAUAUUAAUUUUUUAUUUUUUUAAAUUUGAAACCCUAUCCCCAAAACUCCACCAUUAACUCUAAACCCUAAGUCUAGAUUAGUUAAUCCUAGGAUAAAAAUACAUUUUUACCCUUUAAUAAAACUUAUUUUGGUCAUUUUCUUCAAUGAGUGUUAUUUUUAACCCUCCACUUCAAUUGGUAUUUUUUCACGAAAAGCAAACAUGAGAUAACAAAUCCAGUCUUUCACUAAGAUUUCGAAUAGCUGUCCCGAAUUCAAGUUGAUUAUGUUUCGCCUCUUAUUCGGAGAAAGACGAUCAAACAAUUCCCAGUCAUGGCCUUUGCGGAUGGGAUCAUCCAUAUAAUAUACAAAAAGAAACUCCAGAUAUUUGAUAUCUUUCUCUUUAAAUGAGAUAUCAAUUCCAGCGACGGUUUCAUUAGAUAUCUUACAACAAAAAUCCCUCUUUUUUCCGAUCCAGUUCCUCCACCACCGCGAACUCCAGUUAGAUUCAGGCAUGAUACAUUUUUUAGUUAUUGGGAGAACCCGAGUACUCUCUUUCGGAUCCCGGAAACAACUCUCAGAGAUCUUUUUUCCUUUUGUAAAAUACAGGAGCGAAACAAUCAACCUAUUGAUAUUGGAAGACCCAAAAGAUUCUUUCAAUGUAUCAUUUCUGGACCAAUGGAAUUCAUAGGUAUAGGAAGAAGCCCUUUCAAAUAGAGAUUUUUGCUUUCGACCAUAUUUCGAUUGUUAAUACGAUAUAGAAGGGCCGCUACUACAAAUAGUACUACACCCUUGAUCGUGAAAUAUCGAUUGCUUGUUGAACCCUGUGAAUUGCGCAAAAUUAGGAUGCUAAAAAUUCGAGGGUCCAAGAGUUUUCUAAAACGUUCUUGGUGG